AUGGCGCCACAGACUGAGCAACAUGGCAUGCGCGAUGUCUGCGCCUCCUUGGAUGUGGAGAUCCGCAUAGAGGCGCGCGGGUAUACGUCGCUGGAAACCUCGCGUAUGCACCCCUGA